CCUGUCGCCUGGCGUUCUGGGAAGUGUAGUCAGAGCGCGGUUCUCCUGUGAUUGGCAGACGGCGCUCCGGAGCGGAGAGCGGACUCGUAUUCCCAGGUAGCCGCGCGGAGCGGCCUGGAGCCCGGGGGCUAAGUGUGUGUGGCGGACGCGGGGAGCGAGCCGCCGAGUCCGGCACCAUUCAGCGUCUGUACGCCUCGCUCCUCAGCAUGAGCAGCGCCAACCGGGCCCGGACCGAGGCCUUCGGGGACCAGGGCCAGGCUGGAGCUGCCAAGGGGCCCGUGUCCGCGGGGGCUGCGGGCGGAGGGCCCUCCAUCCCCGGGGGAUUCAGCGCCAUCAAGCUGGGAAGUGAGUAUGUGAGGAGGGGGCUGCAAACAUGGCGGCCGGGGGGAGGGGGGCUGUGAUCCCGGGUCAGACCGGGCUGGGGAUCAUGGGAGCUGGAGUUCUAUGACAGGCGGAGAUCUGCUCACUGUCCGCCCCGAGCUAGACUCCCACUGAGCGCUUACAGCGAUAUAGCCUUGACUCAGGGUCAUUGAGCUCCAGUUACAGGAACUGGUUAAACCCAUGUCCUGGGUCCCUGUGUAAUGGGGGGCCCCCCUCACAGUCCUGGGUCCCUGUGUAAUGGGGGGGCCCUCACAGUCCUGGGUCCCUGUGUAAUGGGGGGCCCUCACAGUCCUGGGUCCCUGUGUAAUGGGGGGCCCCCCUCACAGUCCUGGGUCCCUGUGUAAUGGGGGGCCCCCCUCACAGUCCUGGGUCCCUGUGUAAUGGGGGGCCCUCACAGUCCUGGGUCCCUGUGUAAUGGGGGGGCCCUCACAGUCCUGGGUCCCUGUGUAAUGGGGGGCUCCCUCACAGUCCUGGGUCCCUGUGUAAUGGGGGGCUCCCUCACAGUCCUGGGUCCCUGUGUAAUGGGGGGCUCCCUCACAGUCCUGGGUCCCUGUGUAAUGGGGGGCUCCCUCACAGUCCUGGGUCCCUGUAAUGGGGGCUCCCCACGGUCCUGGGUCCCUGUAAUGGGGGCCCUCACGGUCCUGGGUCCCUGUGUAACGGGGGCCCUCAGUCCCUGGGUCCCUGUGUAACGGGGGCCCCAACCCUGGGUCCCGUGUAACGGGGGCCCUCACGGUCCUGGGUCCCUGUGUAAUGGGGGCUCCCUCACGGUCCUGGGUCCCUGUGUAAUGGGGGGCCCCUCACGGUCCCCUGGGUCCCUGUGUAGCGGGGGGGCCCUCACGGUCCUGGGUCCCUGUGUAGCGGGGGGCCCUCACGGUCCUGGGUCCCUGUGUCCCUGUGUAGCGAGGGGGCCCUCCCGCGAUCCUAGUCCUACCUGUAUCCCUGUCUAGGUGGGGGGCCCUCCGCGGUCCUGGUCCCUGUGUAGCGGGGGCCCUCACUUGUCCUGGGUCCCUGUGUAACUGGGGUGGGGGCCAUCAGGUCCUGGAUCCCUGUGUAACGGGGGGCCCUCACGGUCCUGGGUCCCUGUGUAACUGGGGUGGGGGGGCCAUCACGGUCCUGGGUCCCUGUGUAAUUGGGGUGGGGGGGCCAUCACGGUCCUGGGUGAUUGGAAUGGGGGGGCCCCUCACGGUCCUGAGCGGGUGUACUGGAGGAACAUGGCCACUUACCCCACUCCGUGUACAUGUACCCAGGUACUGACAAAUAGUCCUAGGUAGCUAUAAUUGAGGGACAUGGACUCUUACCCCACCCAGUGUAUACUCACCAAAAUGGCAAACUCAGGAUUUCAGAUACACCCGAGGAGAGGGUGCCUCAUUGUACAUCAAGGCUAAGCAAUCUUUGGCACUCCAGAUGUGUUGGAUUGCAUCUCGCCUGAUGCUUUGUCAGCAAUAUGGAUGUUAGAGCAUUAUGGGAGAUAUAGUCCACAACUUCUAGAUUGCUAAAGGUUGCCUACCCUGGCAUAGCUCAAUUUUGGAUCUGUGCACUCCAGUUGGUGCAGACUACAGGUCUUACAAGGCCAUAGUCUCGGCGUCUGUAGUGCAAAAGGUACGCAGAAAGUGCUCUAUAUAAUUAUGUUUGAGAACAUAAUCCGUCACAAGACUGUUAUAUUUUUUUAAAAUUCGCCCUCUUCAACCUCUUGUCACAGAGUACGAGGAAGCAUAUUUGGUUGAUGGGCACAAAUUGUGUCAAAUUGGUGAAAUUUCUUCUUUGGUUUUUUUUGGUUUGGGGUGGGUUGGUUAUUUAUUUAUUUUUUUUAUAAAUGGUCUGCCAGUAACACAAACAUUUAGAAUAGAACGCUACAUUUAAAAAUCUACUUUCCUGCGCCACAGGUAGAAUUUUUUUUUAAAUAACUUGGGAAAUGAUUCUGGUAACUAUAUUGAAAUCUGAAUGCUCAUUCUUUGGGGAUUGCACCUCCUUUUUACAACUUUGUGUCUCAUAUCUGAUCUAGAUUAUUUGUUUGAAAUCUUUCUGGAGCUUUGCAGUAACCAGAUGUUUAGAGGACAGUUCAAGCAACAUAGUUACUACGUUUUAAUUAUAUGGUGCAAUGCCAUAAAAUGGGUUCUUUGAUUUUCCAAAAAACUGUUCUCCCCUGCACCUGAAGCUUGGCCCCUCUGCAGCAAAUUCCCACUUCAAAUUGUUCAAACUGUUUUGAAGGGAAAAUGUGUAAAAGGCCCAUAGUCUCAUUGCAGCUUAACCAUUGCGUGGAGCUUUUGUCUUUAUGGUGCAUGCUCUCCCUUUAAAGGUUUUAACCGCUGAUUACUAUGUACCUGCCAUUUAAACAGGAUAUGUUAUGACUUUGAAUGCAUUGAAGUUGAACUAUCCAAAUUUGCAUAAAUAAAUCUUAAUUUCUGUAUUUAGUUUAAUACUAUGCUGUUGGCCAAUAUGAAAACUAUAACAUUUCUGCUCCAGUGUCAUUGUAUGAACUGCAGGUUGCUGGUCUAAGUAAUUUGAGGCAAGCUUAUGCCUGCACAACUACUUGCUAUGAGAGCGGAGGCAAAAUCACACCUGUGACCUCAACUAAAUUUCUGUAACACUUUUUAAUAUAACUCUUAAACAUCUUUAAAUUGCACCAUGCAUAUACUUUAGUAUAACCAUUCAAAGAGCGCAGUGGUAUGCAGAUGUGAUGGCUGCUAGACCGGUUUAUGAGCCUGUUUAAGUAGAAUUUGUUCUUUAAAUCUCUUAUAAACUUCUUCGAGAUAUAACAUACUAUCUUGGUUGCAUACAUUGGUCUCUGACCAUAUUCAUUUUGCACAGCUAUAGAUAUAAUGAAACAAUUUACCUUUGUGCCCCAUCUUGAAAAACCUGCUCUUUGCUGCCUUCAAAACUGAACUUCAGCACUAAUUUAAACCACCACAAUAAAAUGUGAGUCUAGAGCUCACGUCCUGAAACCCUUAACUUGGUGAUGCUAACAUUUGCAAUAGAACCAACAGCCCACUUUCAUGAAAUACCACGAAAAUACCUGUUUAAAAAUGCAUGUUUUUUUUUUUUUUUUUUAUAUAAAUCUAAUAAGAUGUAACCACACCUUUUUGUAUAUUUCAUUUUAUUCAGGAGACAAUGGAAAAGUGACAACUGUAGUGGCCACCCCUGGUCAGGGGCCUGACCGCCCUCAAGAAGUCUCCUACACAGAUAUCAAAGUAAUUGGAAAUGGCUCUUUCGGGGUUGUGUACCAGGCACGGCUUGUGGAUUGCGGAGAGAUGGUGGCCAUCAAAAAAGUAUUACAAGACAAGCGAUUCAAGGUAAUGCAAAGGGUGAUCAGGACAGUGACUUUUUAAGGCCUUCGAUGAUCUGGAAGAAUGUGAAAACUGGAAAUACGUUACACUAGAAUUAUUUCAUAUGGCACUGUCUCUCCAUUCAGUAUGAAACCAUUUUUCAAGCAGUUUAACUGAGGAUUCCUGGAUACCCACAGCCCAGCCCCCACUGGAGUUAUGGUUAAUCCUUUGUCAUACCAGUAAUGGUUGGCAGUGAUGGGUUGAAAGCAGUCAACUGACACUCUCAGGUAGUCAAAGCCAACUGCUGCUCGGGCUAAUACUUCCUCCAUUAGACUAUGCAGAGAAUGAGGCUCUUGGGGACUCUAGUUUAUCACUAAUAUAUGAAAAAUGGUUUAACAUUGAAUAGGAGUUUGAUGCCAGAGAAUUUAAGGCACUAUAACCACAUCAGUGGGAUGAAGUGGUUACAAUGCUUGGUGUCCCUCUGACCAUGUUCUUCCAUGUAAUUUCUGACUUGGAUUUCAGGUUUGUUCUAUGAUCUAGGUUUGCAGACCGCAUAGUGACCAAUUAGAACUGUUGCUUAAUGUUGAAAAUGUGGUAAACUAUUACAAAGUCUGGUGGUGCUUAAAUAUUUACCUUUUCACAUUCUCAACUGCAUAGUUCUUCAUUCUUACCCAUACCUGAUGGUAAAGCCUUGCCACCAGGUAGGUAAGGUGACAUGUGAAGGGCGCUUAUUGUGAUAUGAUGACUUUAAAAUCUCCCAAGUAGUGCGAGAGCAGAGCUAGACAGGUUUGAAGUUUUGAGAUGCUCAACUCCCCCCACCCCCCUCGUCCCCCACCAUCCAAUACUUCGGAGUAGGUGGGGGAAAUGACAGAGAAUAUGGUUUAUUGCAAGCUUUCCCCAAACUCCGGCCCCCCAGAUGUUGCUGAACUACAACUCCCAUGAUUCUGUGAAUUAAAUAGGCAGAUAAUCAUGGGAGUUGUAGUUCAGCAACAUCUGGGAGGCCUGAAUUUGGGGAUGCCUGGUUUAUUGAAAGGAGUUUGAAAAAGCCCCCAUUGCUUAUUCAGUUCGUGCUAAAUAAAGGGGGAGCAGCCAGAGUGAGAUUGAUACAAGGAAGUCAUAUGAAGGGGUGUGAGCAGUGGUUUUAAGAUGGGGAGAUGUGGUCACAUGGAAUGCACAUAGUUGAGAUCUUGGUUUGACCGGAUGUAAGUGAAAAGGACAGUGAAAGACUAACUGCAGAGAGCCAGUAUUUUAUUGCAUACAUGUUCUAGAAAUAUGGUUUUGCUUUCUAUAACAUUGGGUCGAUCACUCUUUGUAGCAAUAUUUUGAACAAGUGGCACUGUUACCGGAAUUUUUUAUUUCCAGAGUUUGGUUCAAAGAAUCCACUUGCAUGUCAUCUCAAACCAUACUGAAUUGUAAUUUAAGACCAUACAGACACUCCUCACUUACAGACCGGGUUCAGUUUCUACGAAUUGGUCGGUAUUUGUAGAGUUAAGGGAUUCCCUGCUCUGGUGCGCUUGUCUAUGUUCAGAGACAUUUCCAUGAACAUAGGCUAACGCAGCAGAUCAGGGAAUCCCUUUAAUUACCACAACGGCCCGUACUUACCAACCCGCAAGAGAGCUAGUUGUAAGUGCGAGCCAUCGUAAAACAGGUAGGUCGCAAAACGAGGACCACCUGUAAUGCAAAUUGAAUCUUUCUAUCUAAGUGAGCUUUGUAACUAAGCUAUACAUUAAGCUGGAACUGGCACUUGAUCUGUCAUUGUGGAGGUAACCAUCCUGAAACUACAUCACUUUUAUUUUUAUCCCUGGUACAUUACAGCAGAAAAGGCCUAGUUGGUGGAAUUAUAAUUUUAUUUUAUUUUUUAAAUACCUCUAUGUUGAAGUAAGCAGUUAGUUAGGAAACCAAGAAAGCAAUAUUCACUGCUCAAAAAAAUAAAGGGAACACAAAAAUAACACAUCCUAGAUCUGAAUGAAUUAAAUAUUCUUCUGAAAUACUUUGUUCUUUACAUGGUUGUGCUGACAACAAAAUCACACAAAUUAAAAAAUGGCAGUCAAAUUUUUCAACCCAUGGGGGUCUGGAUUUGGAGUCACUCAAAAUUAAAGUGGAAACACACUACAGGCUGAUCCAACUUUGAUGUAAUGUCCUUAAAACAAGUCAAAAUGAGGCUCAGUAGUGUGUCUGUCCGUCCGUGUCCUCCAUGUUGCCUGUAUGACCUCCCUACCAAGCCUGUGCAUGCUCCUGAUGAGGUGGCGGAUGGUCUCCUGAGGGAUCUCCUCCCAGACCUGGACUAAAGCAACUGCCAACUCCUGGACAGUCUGUGGUGCAACGUGACGUUGGUGGAUGGAGAGACAUGUCCCAGAUGUGCUCAAUUUGAUUCAGGUCUGGGGAACGGGCGGGCCAGUCCAUAGCAUCAAUGCCUUCGUCUUGCAGGAGCUGCUAACACACCCCAGCCACAUGAGGUCUUGCAUUAGUAGGAACCCAGGGCCAACCGCACCAGCAUAUGGUCUCACAACGGGACUGAGGAUCUCAUCUCGGUACCUAACGGCAGUCAGGCUACCUCUGGCGAGCACAUGGAGGGCUGUGCGGCCCCCCCACAGAAAUGCCACCCAGCACCAUUACUUACCCACUGCCAAACCGGUCAUGCUGGAGGAUGUUGCAGGCAGCAGAACGUUCUCCACAGUGUCUCCAGACUCUCACGUCUGUCACAUGUGCUCAGUGUGAACCUGCUUUCAUCUGCGAAGAGCACAGGGCACCAGUGGCGAAUUUGCCAAUCUUUGUGUUGGGCUGUAAGCACAACCCCCAUCUGUGGACGUCGGGCCCUCAUACCACCCUCAUGGAGUCUGUUUCUAACCGUUUGAGCAGACACAUUCACAUUUGUGGCCUGCUGAAGGUCAUUUUGCAGGGCUCUGGCAGUUCUUCUCCUGUUCCUCCUUGCACAAAGGCGGGGGUAGCGGUCCUGCUGCUGGGUUGUUGCCCUCCUACGGCAUUCUCCACGUCUCCUGAUGUACUGGCCUGUCUCCUGGUAGCGCCUCCAUGCUCUGGACACUACGCUGACACAGCAAAUCUUCUUGCCACAGCUCGCUUUGAUGUGCCAUCCGUCUCAUGCUACCACUAGAGUGAAAGCAGUGCCAGCAUUCAAAAGUGACCAAAACAUCAGCCAGGAAGCAUAGGAACAAGUGGUCUGUGGUCACCACCUGCAGAACCACUCCUUUAUUGGGGGUGUCUUGUUGUGCAAAUGGAAUAGACAACAGAUGGAAAUUAUAGGCAAUUAGCAUGUGAAAUUGAUUGUCACUCAGUGUUGCUUCCUAAGUGGAUAGUUUGAUUUCACAGAAGUGUGAUUGAUUUGGAGUUACAUUGUGUUGUUUAAGUGUUCCCUUUAUUUUUUUUGAGCAGUGUAUGAUGGUACAUAUACUGUUUCUGAUGACACAUUACUAGUUCCAGUUCAAUAGUGUGGUGAUAGUAUUUAAACAGAGACCAGAAGUGCUAUUGUGAUUUAAGAUUAGUUUAAAUUGUUUACUUUGGGAGUGUCAAGAUAUUAUUCCGAGGCUGUUGUCUUAACUCCUUGUCUGGUAUUUUUUUAUCUUUCAGAAUACCUGAUAUCUAAGGCUAAGCUGAUGUAAAGCUAAAACUAGCAAAAUAAAUCAGCAGUAGCUACGUUGGUGGUGAAAUUUCUCCAAAUUUAAGGAGUCCAUAAUAUCAAAGAUUCCCUCCUGUUCUUUUGGGUCUAUCUAAAUGCAAGACUAUUAGACCCAUAGACAUACUAAAUAAUCAUGGGUUGUGUUCAUGGGUACGGUGUGGGUUUCCACAAGGUGCUUUAUGGAGGAAAGCUGGCCGGUGCUGUUUUAAUUGAAAUUCUGUAAAUAUGGCUCAUCAAAGUGAGUGGAAUUCAGUGGAAGAUUCCAUUCAUUUGCUCAAGUGAAGAUCUUCCAUGAGAUUCAAUGUGCGUGCAUCUGCUGGAAAUUACACGAUAGACUUGUAGAACUUCCAGUGACAGACUAGGGUCCAGGAUGGAAACUUCAGUCACUAUUGCUUGUCACUUUAGAAGUAGUAGAACCUGCAUUUUCUACCAAGAGACAUGGCUUUAAUAAUAAAAAAGUCAUUACAAAUUGUGGACACUUCUGGAUUCAUUUACCAAACGAUUUGGAUAAUAUACAGCCACUGAUUUAUUCCACAAACCUUCCAGUGCGGGUGGCUGUAAAUGUAGUCCAUGUUCAUCAUGGCAUUCCAUACAAUCUCUCACUACUUGCACACUUAGUACUAGGUGUGCAAGUACUAAAACUGUUCUUAUUUUCUCCUCUUAUAAAACCUAUCUGAGACAUGUUGGACGAUCAUGCAUUAGUACAUAGGCAGUCUGUGUUACAAAGUUAAAGUACAACCAUUUUAAGACUUUUUACUCCUCAGUUAUCUUGCACAUAGUACCUAAAAUUCAGCAUGUCUAGCGCAGGAUGGUAGGGUUCAUGAACUCCUGUUAGUGUGUCAAUGUGUAUUCUUGCAGAGCUGAUCUCUUGCUAGCCACUGAUUAACCAGUAUUGCUUCACCAGACCCAGCCUGUGUAGAGGAGCUUAUACUGGCUAUCUGAUCUUUCCCUGUGGCGUGGGAUGGCCAGAGUAAUACCCACUUACUUUUGCUACUUUGCUGUUUAUUUGCUUUGAAAUAGGUGUUGGUUAACUGCUUUUGGCAAAUCACGUGACAUUCAUCAUGUGUUGUGGCAGAAUGGUCCACCUACUUUAGUUCACAAAACAAAAUGAGUGUCUUCCAUUAAUGGAUCACUAUAAACUUCAGUUGAAAUUUAAAGUGCAGCUGUCAGAAUUGGGGGUUUUAGUGUUUUGCUUUUGUGGUACGGGAGGUGGGAUUCAGAGGUUUUCAAUCUUUUUCAACACUUUAGUGGCAUUUACUUGAGUGAACGAUUGAGGAACUCUUUGGCAGGCACUUUCCCAAUUUUAAAGUGGAAUUGUCCAUUCUCCAAUGUGUAGAGAAACGAGCUUUCUGAUACCAACUAUAGUUACUGCCUAGGUCAAUUAUAUGUACAUACUGGUAUUUCACAAUGUUAGAAAUGGCAUGUGUUGAUAAGAGCACUUGCUACUGCUGCCACAGUUGGCCCUGUUGAGUGUAAAAGUGGAUGUAACGUGUCCCUAUUUCUGCCUUCUUGUCAAACUAUCUCCUUUAAAUAGUGUAAAAUCUGCUAAUGGGCUGUUUCACUUAACCGUACAGAGGUGCCCCUUUUUUUUCCUUAUGAUAGUAAGUAUGGUAUGGGGGAAAUCUCAUUGAACAAAAUUCUCCCUAACAGUGGUUUUUGAUCUUUUUCCCUGUAGAACCGAGAGCUGCAGAUCAUGCGCAGGCUGGAUCACUGCAACAUUGUGCGCCUCCGAUAUUUCUUCUAUUCCAGUGGAGAAAAGGUCAGACUGCUUGCUUGACUCCUUAACUUGCUCCCAAAUGCCCUAUGUUUAUUUUCUGAUGUUCUUCUGUGUCAUUAAUGUCCUUAACUUCUGUUUCAACAUAUAAGGCUUGUGGUCCUUCCUGAUAACUCCUCUUGAAAUAAAACUUUCUUGGAUGCCACCAAUGGCAUGUUUGGGAAUAAACCACAACUCAAAUAACACUGCGUCAGCAUUCAUGAGUGAUGUUGUAGGCACCAAAACAACCUUGGCUUAAAGGGACACUGUAGUCCUCAAAACAACUUUAGUUUAAUGAAGCAGUUUUAGCAUACUGACCUAGUGUACAGACCAUGCCCCUGCACUCUCACUGUUCAAUUUUCUGCAAUUUAGGUGUUAAAUCACUUUUUAUGCAUCCCUUGUCACACCUUCUUACAUGUGACUUGCACAGCCUUCCUAAACACUUCCCGAAAAGAGUCAUCUAAUGUUUACACUUCCUUUAUUGCAAAUUCUGUUUAAUUUAGAAUUGAACUCCUGUUAUGUAAAUAACUUUAGACCAUGCAGGAGCCUCCUGUGAGAUUAAAGUGCAAUUUACAGAGCAGUAGAUUAAAAAAAUAAAAUAAAAAAUAGUUUCAUCUGAUAGAAAAUGAAACCAUUUUGUUUUCAUGCAGACAGUGUCAGUCACUGUCAGGGAAGUUGUGGCUAGGGCUGCAUAAAACAGACACAAAAGUGAUGUAACUUCUAAAUAGCAGAUACUUGAGCAGUGAGAAUGCAGGGACAUGACCUGUACACCAAAACUACGUCAUUAAGCUAAAAUAGUUUUGAUGCCUAUAGUGUCCCUUGAAGUAGAAACAACGGAUUUGACAAGUACUAUGAACUAUUGUACUGAGUGACCUAGCUAUGUCUCUUCCCUAUUAAAGAAUGAUUGGCUCUUAAACGCUUACAUAUGUUUGUCCAAUGCUAUUUAAAUUGGUUGUUUUUAUAAUGGCAUUCUAAGGCAGAGGAGAUGACAUUCUAAACUUUGGUUCAUUUUGCCUGUCAAGUAGAGCAAGCUAGAGGAACACUAUAGCAUUAGGAAUACAAAUGGUUUUCCUUAAGCCAGGGGUAGGCAACCUUCAGCACUCCAAAUGUUGUGGACUACAUCCCCCAUAAUGCUUUUGCACUCAUAAUGCUGGCAAAGCAUCAUGGGAGGUGUAGUCCAAAACCUCUGGAGUGCCGAAGGUUGCUUAUGCUUGUCUUAAGCUAUAGUGCCCUGGAGUUUUUGUUUUGGUCGCCAUCCCUCACUUGGGAGUGGAAAAAAAAUCAAUACUUAACUUUUCUUCCACAUAGCAUCAGUCUCCAUGCUGCCAUCGCGCCUUCUUGGUUGAUUUCAUUGAGCGUGCAUUGGGGGGGCAGGGGGUUUAAGGUGCAUGUUCUUGGGAGAAUGUUUAACUCCAUUUCAGAGGAAGCUCCUGCAGUGGCUGUUUGAAUGACUGCCACUAAAGGCAUUUAAAUCCUGCAAUGAAAACACUGCUGUUCUGCAUAAUGGAAAUGUCUUCACUUGCAUGGUUAAGAUGAUGACGUAGGGGGUAAAGUUGUGUUGCUGCCUAAAGUGUGUCCUCAAAGCAAGGUCCAUAAUUCAUUGGGCUACUAAUGCAUCACUUUCUGUCUGACCUUGGCAGAACUCCAUGUUUGGUUCUGUGUUCAUGCUGAACUAGUACUUUAAUGUAAGGCUCAUACCAUGUAAUGUGUGUAUCCUCUUACAGAAGGAUGAAGUAUACUUGAACUUAGUCAUGGAUUUUGUCCCAGAGAAUGUUUAUCGUGUGGCUCGACACUUUGCAAAAGCUAAAUCCACGCUGCCAUCCAUCUAUGUGAAGGUAAAUGAAACUAACUUUUAGAAUGGAAAUGCACCCCCCCCCACACACACACACACACACACACUUUAUUUAUAUAAGUUUUGUGCUCUCAUUUCUUCUUGCAGGUAUACAUGUAUCAGCUAUUCCGCAGCUUGGCUUAUAUCCACUCCCAGGGUGUCUGCCACAGGGACAUCAAACCACAGAAUCUCCUGGUAGACCCAGACACAGCUGUACUGAAGCUAUGUGACUUUGGGAGGUGAGGCCUGGAUGACGUUUGGUAGGGGCUUGCUCUGUUACUCACAUUCUAUUCUCCACACACGGUUACCCUUUUACAGUUUGUGAAUUAAUAGCUAGGAUGUUUUUGUUUUUUUUAUUUAUUUAAAUGAAAAAGGGGGGUGGGGGGUUGCAGAGUAAGGCAAAUCAAAGAAAGAUUAGGCUUUGGCACAAUUACUUAGCAGGUACAGAUAACAUACCAACAGAACAGUCAUUGGCUUCUAGCAGAAACAAUGUACUCCUGGCGGAAGUGUGCGCUUAUUUUUCUUUCUUUUUUUUUAUAUAUAACAAACUUUAUAAGUAGUAUUCCUGCACUAAUGUGUUUACAACUAAUCACCUAAAGAAAGGUAUGCCAUUGUAGAUUUAUUUAUCUAUUCUGGUUUUUGGUGAACAUGCCUUGCCUAGGGCACUGGUGUGAAUGGUUUUGGGACCUAAUGCCAAGUCGAGUUAAACUUAAGUAAAAAGUUAAAGGAGUGAAAUGGGCUCUUUUGUAUUAUCUCAUUAAGGGUCCCCCUCUUUCUCUGUCUACUUUACUUGCCUCCCAUUUCCAUGCCAGAUUCCCCUUGUAGCUCCCAAUCUGUAGCGCUACUAUGAAGUAUGCAUGUGUCUUACUACAUUUAAUUGGGCCUCCUCUGUUGAUGAUAACCCUGUAGACAUACAUAGUAACACCAUUGGUUUACCAUCUUUGACCAUUAUGACUUUCUUAUGCAGCUAUUUUACCUCCAAUAUCGGCCAUCAUUUGUAAUCUCUUUCAGUGCAAAGCAACUAGUCCGAGGGGAACCAAACGUGUCCUAUAUCUGUUCCCGUUAUUACCGUGCCCCCGAGCUCAUCUUUGGAGCCACAGACUACACUGCGAACAUUGGUAACAUGCCUUCUCUAUUCUUUUUUUUUUUUGUUUGUUUAUUUUUUGUUCCUGCGUGUAAGUGGAGUAACUAAACCCUUAAUGCUAGGGGAAUCGCAGUAGAGGGAGUAAGGAUUGCAAGUCCUCAGUCUAGUUUCAGGAUGUCCAAACAGAGCAUUUCAGCUGUUGGACUGCUACUCCAAUAAUGCUUUCUAAUACAUAGACUGGAAAUGUAGUGCUAGGAAUCUUUUCUUGUGGCCCAUGUGCCGUUCUUCUAUAAAGCGGACACUUAAGGAAUGCAAAUAAGUACAAUCCAAAUGGAAUCCCUUUCUAUAAAUACAAGGUAUGCUAGUUUGUUAAAGUAAUGUUUUGUACAGCCCUGACCUACUGCUCCAGACCCAUCAGUGCUUUCACCCAACAUUAAUAUGAAUGCAGUUGCCUAUUGCUAGUCUCUACUGUUGCCUGAAUUCACUGCUGGAAACACUAGAACUAAAGGAUGGACUGCUCAAAGUACCAAAAAGGAUUCCUCCAAAGAGCAACUUCUCAACUGAGCUAAAACAUUAUUUUUAUAAUUGUGGGGAUUCUAUUCUCAGUAACCAGUAUUGAAAGGGAUUACUGUUUUUUUUUUUAUUUUUUAAUUUUUUUUAACUUUAUUGAGAAGUUGUGUCCCCCUGUACUUGGGUUCAGGCUCCCCCGCCCUUUCAUUUUUAAAACUAUCUAAUGCUAUUAAAUUUGUAUAUAAUGUAUCCUUCCUGCAGCAGCUCCAUCUUCUUGUGGAGGAAAUCACCACCAGUCCAGUAGUUCUCAUAGUGAAACAUUGAAUCCAGUAUUCCUCUGUGAGCAAUAUCGGGCAUAUUUAGCAUCAUAAUGUGCAUCAUGACACCAAACUCUGAAGACAUUUGAAAAUCAAAGCUAAUAAGAAGGAAGUGUCUCUAGUGGUUGUUUGUGUGACCUCCACUAUUGUGCUCUCAGCAAAAUGUAAACUGUCAUUUGACUCAAAUGACAAGGCUUUAACAUUGCUAGGACAAAGGGGCUGCAUUUGUUCCCCAAAAGCAUUAUAUUUAAGGUGGUUUUGGUGCUUAGUGUCCCAGAAUGCAUGACUGCUCAGACUGACCGGUUCUGCUGGUUUGCGGCCUACGUGUUUUUUGCGAUGUAACUUGUUUUGUAUGUGAGCAUUUCAUCUUUGCUCAUUUUGCUUUAGACAUCUGGUCGGCAGGAUGUGUCCUUGCAGAGCUUCUCUUGGGGCAGCCUAUUUUCCCUGGGGAUAGUGGAGUGGACCAGCUGGUGGAGAUUAUAAAGGUAAGUCCCAUGUUGUGAUUUUCCUGAAAUAGUCUCUGAUAAAAAUUCUUCAAUGGCAAGACAAAGGAGCCCACCAUUGAAGCAUGACUGAUUAAGGCAUGUUCCUAGUGUAGAAGAUUGUGAAUGAAAUCUAUUACUCACAGAAGUGAUUGACAGCACAUAUUCCUCUGAUCUGGGGGGAGGAGAGGGGGGUGGGCUGAGCAAAUUAAGUUUCCCAGUACUUGUGUGGAGGAAGAUCAAAUUUGGAAGAGAAGGCGUAAGCACGUAUUUGUUUGGUUUUGUUAAGAUGAGAUGUUAAGAGAUUGAGAGGGAAAAAAAUUGAGCUGCUUAUUUUGAGGGUUGGAUUUUUUUAAUUUUUUUUGGUCUUGUAUUGACACUGUUGGGUGCAAGUUGAGGAAGUUUCAGGGGUAUGGUCAUGCUGACGUCUAUUAUAUCAUUUUUUAUGUUCUGCUAACAGGUUUUAGGAACCCCAACAAGGGAACAAAUCCGAGAAAUGAACCCAAAUUACACAGAAUUCAAAUUCCCACAGAUUAAAGCACACCCAUGGAUAAAGGUAUUUGCAUGUGACCUAGAAAAAUGUAGACCAGUAGCUGGACUCUGUGAGUGCUGAAUGUUUGUUUUCUGCAGGUCUUUAAACCUCGUACCGCCCCUGAAGCUGUCACAUUGUGCAGUCGACUAUUGGAAUACACACCGGACACGCGUCUUUCCCCGUUACAGGCUUGUGCACACGCCUUCUUUGAUGAACUGCGUGACCCCAACACACGUCUCCCUAGUGGGAGGGAAUUGCCUCCUAUUUUCAACUUCAGCUCUGUCGGUGAGUGUAAGCAUUGAACUUGGUCAGGUUAACUGCUGACGUAAUCUCUUGAAGGGGAUAAAAAGAUAAAGGGGUUGGUUUCCAUUUUGCUGAAGAAGUGGAGUCAUUGUCUGUGUCAAACUCUGUCCUUGUCACUUUUCAGAGCUUUCCAUUCAGCCUUCACUGAACUCCAUCCUAAUACCCCCACAUCUGCAGCAGUCCCACUUGCACGGUAGGUGACUGAUGCACAUAUUUAAUGGUGUAGCCUAGAAGUUCUAUGGCACACUGUUUUAAGAUGAAUUCAUACUUAAAAGUUCUUUUUAAAUGGAAAGGGGUGUGUAUCUUUGUCUGUUUAGUAAUUUGCUUGUCUUCAUGGCUUCUGUUACUGUGUAUGGGUCACUUGCGUGUAUUAAUAGACUGAUGGUCUUGAUUGUUAAACAAACUGCCUGUUCUAUUUAAAAAUGAGUUUGCUCAAACAACCUUAUAUGCGUAUCAAUCUGUGAUAAGUGCCUGUAGGUUAAUCAAUGUGUCUAAUCGUACAUCACAUGUUUUUGCUAAAUGUUUUGACUUAUCUGGAUAAAGGUUCUACACCAGGAUCUUUAAAGAGGUAAUUCUAAGCACCAUGACCACUGCAACAUUCUGUAGUGAUUAUGGUGUCAGGAGUUCCUUGGCGUCCUCCCGCUGUUAUAGUGAAACAGCCUUUGAACUGUCAGACACCAACUGAAUCUAUUGGAUGCUCCCAUCUGGUCAUUUUCACAUAUAUCCAUCGCCAAACUAGAAAUUGCUACUUCUGCAUUCGAGAUCUUAAUUCCAUCAGGCUUUGAGCAGAAUUGAUUGGCUCAGAGUAGUGGCUGACAGUCCUCAUCCAGUAGAUUAUGUCCACAGUUUGACAAAACUGGUAUUGCUGGAGUGAGAAUUCAGUAUAGAUGCGCUAGACUUCUCCAUAGAAUUCUAGCCCACAGAUCCCAGCUAUACUGGGGUCAUGUACCAAGAGACAAAUGUUCUGGAUGAUGAAUACACACAGAUACCUUAGUUGCCACUUCCUGUACAUCCAACCAAUCUUCACCUUCAAAAACCAAUCCAUAUCUUUCUCCCUUUCUAUGGUUUGGUAAAACAAUAAUAAUGUAAGAAUUUUAUCUCAAGCUUUCAUUUUUCUACUACACAUUCUUUCAAAUGGUGUCACUCUGGCACCUGUCAUUAUCCUUACCCGUGAUUAUCCCAUUAAAAUUUUGUUUCAGUGAGCAUCCAGUGUCUUUAUGUUGGAGAUUGUGAUAAUGGGAUUAUAUUAAUUUAAAAAAAAAAAAUUUUUUUUAAAUGUGAUCUAACUUGCCUGCUCCAUUCUUUUGCUCAGCGUUAACGCUCGUGUUUAUUUUUGCUAGGUGAUGGAAGGCCUGGAUCAGACCGACUGGAACCUGGUGAUGUGGCAGAGCUGAGUACCUCCUGAGGAGUGCCUCCCUCACACCCCCUAUUCUACCCUUUUCCAAAACUGCCCCGCUCUACUCUCCAGCUCCUAGCAAACCUCUCUCUCCCCUCUGACACCUCAAUACUUAAGGGAGAUGUGAUCAUUUGAAGUGGACAGUGGGGCUUUUUCCAUUCAGAGCCUGUUGCACCCCCAUUACUGACUUUUGAUGACCUUUAGAAAUGUCAUACAUGUCGCAGUGAUGGAUGAGAGCCACCUUCCACCAGUUUGAGACCAUGACUCCCUCUCACUUGGCCGAAGUAUCCAUUCUGUGUAAAGGAAGGAACUGCCCUGACCAACUCGGCGAUACAGGGCUUAAAAUAGGAACCAGAAUAUUUUACCAGCUCUGCUGUUCUGGUGUUUGAGAGGUGGAGACUGACCCACAACCCCUCAAAUGCUUAAUUUGUCCUUGGCUUCAAACGGACCUCGCACAUGUUGUACAGGUGUCUGGAAUUUAUAUAUACUUUUUUUUUUUUUUUUUUAAAUUGGGCAAAUGAACAAAACAUGGGUUAUUUUAAAAAAGAAAAUGCCUCCUUAUCCAUGUUGCGUUGUCUUCUGUUUUUUUUUCUUUUCUUUUCUUUCACCAUUGGGAUGUUUUGGGGAACUCCUCAAAGCUCUAACUUUCAGUACUAUAGUAGGAGUAACUAUCAUAGCGUUCUAGAAGAGAAAACCAUUGGAAUCUACCAACUGUAUUCUAAGUGAAGCUGUUAUAAGCCCUUGCUCUCCUACUGUUUUGAGUAUGCAUUUAGUGCAAGUGUAAGCUGCCUGUCGCCCACUUGCCGCGUGGAACAAAGUCCACGACCUAACUGCUGCUUAGUGACUGGAGUAGAAGGUGGAAUGGGAGCGUUAAUGCCGAACAUGACUCGAGGUCAUCAUGUGUAACAUCGUAGCUCAGUACUGAGCCUGGUUAGCUGUAUAUUACAGACUCUUAAUCAUGCUGCAGAACUUCAUUUACAUGUUAAUUUCAAGCUACUUGAUUAUAACCCAUUGUUUUAACAGGUUCCUAGAUGUAUGUGGAUCUUAUUGACCUCAAUAAUGCUUUCUCCCUGUUGCAAUGGGUUUCAUUUUAUGUUUUUCUCGUAUUUUAAUUCUACUCCUAAAACUAGGGCAGCCCUCCUUUAAUGACUACCUGAUGUCACUCUCGAGGGUGACCAGGUUAUGCAAAGAAAGGUAAUCCAAUCCAUCAAUUCUAAAGAACGGAACAGCAAGAAGCCUUCAGAUUUACCGCAAGUCAUGUCCGCACAUCAAGCGAUCUUGAAAGAGGACUGUCCUAAAAUUGUUCUAGCUUUGAUUUAGAUAUGUCUGGAAAGUUUUCAGGUGUUAAUUAUUUCUGUGCCUGUGAUACCAGCUCCACAUUUCAUGGCCUACUGCACAAUGUGUUUUCAGUUACAACUUGGCAUUGACUGGAUCAGUAAUGUGAAUUCAGGCCAGUGACUUAAUGUGAUGGGGGGAGGGGAGCUGUGCACACAACGUAUUUGUUGCACCUCCCCUCCUUCACAUUCUUCUAUUCUGGCUUGGGGUCCUUUGAUCUGUUUAAGGCAACUCUUUCCUUUGCUCUCUUUUUGUUUCCUGCUGUACUGCAUCAUCUGAGCAUGUGAUGUCAUAUUUGUGUGCCAGGUGUGUAGUAGAGCAUGCUGGGAAUUGAGCUUACUGUCUGAGCACUGCUCACCCCUUCCCCCUGAUAGGCAAUUUGUGAAUACAGGGCAUGUGAGGGAUGCAGAGCUCCAGGCUCCAUGGACUCCGAGACCCAAUCCUAUGUGUACUUUGUUAUUGUUACUCCAAUGACUUUGGAGUUUGCGCCAUGCUCUGUAGCAAGGCCGAGAAGACCUUAAAUAACCCUGUUGGUUCUAAGGGUACAUGAUAUUGCGAAAUACCAGUCUCCUUGGUAAAGAAGGAACAUGGCAUGUGCCUCUGUUAUGGCAGAAUGUUUGUUUCUUCUAAACCAGUGCCGUGCUUUAUGCCACACGGCCAUUGCUCUUCUGCAGAGUACUUUCACCUGAUUGUUUUUAAGGUUUUAUCGCCUUGGUAUUUUAGGAUGUUAUAUGUUUUUAAUAUUCUGGUUGGGCAUGUUGGUCUGGAACAUUCAACUCUAGAGUGCAGAAUAGAUCCUGUUUGUUGGGAUAAUUCACCUAGCCUGUUUGAAGGGAUACAGUCUCAAUGCUUGCUGCUAUGAGCCGGUUUUAGUCUCCAUGUUUAACAUACUGCUAUGCAGCACUGUUUCCCAGUGUUUCAUGAUGUUUGAUGACCCAUGCUCUACAGGUUUCAAACGAUGCUUCGUCAAACGUCUAUCCUUUGGUUACCCUUAAACAGGAGUUGGGUGUACCACCUUUUAGGCCAUAGUUACAUCCAGCAAGCUACCUGCAUCCCACCAUAGGAAAGUGAUUAAUUGCAGUCUGGGACCUUUAUGUGUUGGAGGGUCAUUUUAAAAACCGAUUGCAUUAAUAUUCCUUACAUAGAGUUAAAUGACAAAACAUAGAACAGAGGGAGUUAUUUUAACCUAUUCCAUUGCUUCAGCCAUUGGGCUGGGGGGAGGAGGGACUAAGUGUAAUGUAUUAUAUUCCACAACAUAUCCCCCUUAUCCUAUUUAUUUUUUCCCCCCUUAUUCUGGGUCAGGUUUGGAAUAUAUAAUUUUUUAAUUUUUUUUUUGUAAAUCUAUAUAUUUAGGUUUUUUUUUUUGUUUGUUUUUUUGUUCUUUUCCUCAUACUACAAAUUCUUGUAUCUAAGAAAAUGUAGCUAUCGAUUUUCUUUGUAAAUAUGUUAAUUUUUUUCUUAAUGAAAAUGUUUAGUCAAUUUUUGAUUUUACCCUGCUCCUUUUCUCAACACCAACCUCCUCUUUCCCUGCCUUACCACCAGCUCCCCUUUUAUCCCCAUUCCCCUCUUUCCCCUUUUAUUCCUGUUUUAGAAUCAAAACGUGAAUACUGUAUUGUUAGAAGCGAAACAAAAAGCCAGGAUGUAGUUUGCUAGAAGCCCUGAUCUUGUUUCUGGGUUAUUCUGGAAGUGUACAGCUAUCUUCAAUAAAUUAUUGGCAUGAAAACUU